AAUUUCCAGAUUUUCAUCACGAAGGAGCAAGAUUUCCCGGGCCACAUGGACACGGAAUGCCACCAGAACCUUUCUUCCAGCGGGGACCACGACCACCCUAUCGGGGUGGGAUGGGAGGCAGGCAUGAUGGGUUCCCGAUGGCAGCGCACGGGCACGGGCCACCCGGGGGAGGAUUUGAAGGGCAGUUCUCACCUCCAAGGUUUCACAGGCCGACAAACGGGCCAAACGAUUACAACAAUUUUAAUGCUAAUAAUAGGGACAAUAAUUCCGGUUUCAACAUGAAACGUGGUCGUGGACGAGGUGGUCGUGGACGAGGUGGACAUGGAGGUGGUGGACAUUCCUUUGAACAGCAAGGGGGAGGCGGGAAAAAGAAAAACAAGAAAGCCAAAGCGCCGAAGGAAAUCAACUACUCCCAUUACUGUGACGUAUGUGACCGAGGUUUUCAGUCGGAUGAGGAACUCAAGAGUCACAUAGCUGAACAUGUCAAGUGCGAGGAGAAGGAUUGUAGGUUUGUUGGACAUCCCAAGGUGGUCAAGCUGCAUCACAAGCUGCACCACGGCCCUGGGUCAAGGAAGAUCAAAUGGCUGGACACGCCCGAUGAAAUCCAGAAAUGGAGGAAUGAGAGAAAGAGAAACUUUCCCACGGCUGAAAACAUCGCCAAGAAAGGUUCAAAGGUCGAGCAGAGAGAGAAGCAGGGCAAUGUCCUGGAGACCAAACACUUUGGGAAAAUGAAGCGAAAAACACACCGGGGUAAGAGAGGUGGGGAAAAGGUCCGACAUAAAAGGUUGAUGAUGGAGGCUCUGGCGAAAGAAUAUGGUGGAGGUAACGAGGGAGAUGCCGUUCCAAGUGACUCCGACCAAGUCCCGCCCAAAAGGAGAAAAACCGAAGAUGGACAAGAAGGCAAAUCCUCAUCUGCAGCUGAAGGACAGGAGGCCAAAGCUUCUGACCCAACGCAAGCAACUGAAGGCAUAGCAGCAACUGGUCAACAAGGGCCAGAGAGGGAGGUAGGCUGCGACCCACUGUCUCUUCUUGCUUCACACAAUGACAAUGAAUCUGGUGAUGAAGAGGCACCCGGGACCGAAGGGGUCACCCCCAAUAUAGAAGUGGCCCCAAAAGGAACAUUUGGUGCCCUCGGCUCCCUCGCUGCAUGCUAUGACUCUGACAGUGGAGACAGCUUCGUCGCAGAAAGUGAUAAAGCUACAAAGGUACAUGGCAGCGGGGCUCAAGAAAUCACUUCCCAAGAGACCCCAGAGCAGUGCCCGACCGAAGAAGGUACCAACGACAAGACUCCCCUUGAUACCGAAUCAAGGCUACCCGUACCAGCUAAAGAUGCGGACAAGACCCAUUGUCAUGGUGAUGGGAUGAGUGAUGAGAGGAUGGACGUCGACACUGAAGGGCAGGAGAAGAACAGCCGCGGCUUCAGAAAGGAUCGCAGGAAACAGAAGAGAGCCCCUAAUAAUAGAGGAAAGGUGGCAGAGAAAAGGACGGAGCAGAAUAAAGCGACUUUACUUGAGAUGCUUCUAGCACCUGAAAUCCGACGAGAGAGGAACAUCAUACUCCAAUGUGUGAGGCACGUCGUUAAGAACAACUUCUUCCAAGGGUCUAAGCCCUGACCACAAAUGGCCCCUAUGGAACUGUACCGACCAGUCCAGUGUAACCAGGGCCUUCAAUCGUCAACAAGAGUCCAGUGAGUGUUUCCAUUGGAACGGUACUGACAAGGACCUUCAUCCUUCUACAUGUAUAAUAUGCCGGCAUCCUGAUGUGUCUCUAAUGGAACUUACAGACCAUUCUUUUACAACCAGAUGUCUACAAGAUUCCAGAACAUGACAGCGUCCCUUCUUAUGAAACUGUACCGACCAGUGCUGUGAAACCAGGGCCUUCAGCUCUCCACAAGACUCCAAAACUUUGAGCGUCCAUUCAAAUGAAAUCUCACCGACCAGUGCUGUGAAACCAGGGCCUUCAGCUCUCCACAAGACUCCAAAACUUUGAGCGUCCAUUCAAAUGAAAUCUCACCGACCAGUGUUGCGUAACAAGGCCUUCAGCUCUUUGCAAGAUUCGAGAACUUCACAGCGUCCCUUCAAUGAAACUUUACCCACCAGUGUUACGUAACCAGGCCUUCAUCCAUUUUCAUGAAUAAUAUUCCAGGACUUCACAGCGUCCCUUCAAAUGAAACUUACAGACCAUUCUUGAACAACCAGGCCUCCAGAUGUCUACAAGGUUCCAGAACCUCACAGCGACCCCUGUGAAACUGCACUGACCAGUGUUGUGUAACCAAGCCUUCAGCUCUCUGCUAGACUCCAGCACCUUCAAGUAGACUGGUGGAACGGUCUCAUAGGCUGAUGGUCUAUUGGACAUUUCAGAUCUAUAUUAUCUUAAUUAUUGCUUUGUUUUGUCAUAUAUGUUUUUAAAGCUAGCCGUCUGUGAAUGUUGCUCAUUUGGGAUGUAUGUGUACCUGGAUAACUCCAUUGUUAUCAAGGUUUAACUACUUCUGUGAAACUGAAUCAAAAUCCAAACAGAUCAAAACGAAAGCAGCAUACCUGUUGUUCAGUAAAGAAUGAAUACAAAUGCCUCCUAUUCAUUCACAGUAGCCCCUCUUUCAGACUUUCCAAAUUUAUUGUAUUGCUAUAUGAUUAUUACCUGUUCUCUAGUUUGAAUGUCAAAAUAUAGUUGAGCAUCGUUUCAAUUGGAAACUUGAUAGAGAAUCAGGCUCAUUCUCACCAGAACGUUGUCUCGUUUGAAAACCAUAACUGGGCAGGGCUUAUCGUGAGCAUGCACUGAUGAUUGGUCAGUUGUCAUGUCAACUGACCCCUUGAAAACCUGGUUUCUUGAAACGAUGUUCUUUUCUAGAGUUUAGGUCCCUUUGGCCUAACGGUGAAACUUUAUACAAGUUAUGUCUAAAUUUGUCUCCAAUCUGAAAGGGCUAUGAGCGAUUGUUGGUGUUGACAUUAGCAAGAAGUGCUUCAAAGAAAUGGCUAUGACAAUGCUGAUUAAUAUAUGUAUUUCUGAAUUUGCUCUUCAAAUCUGAUAUGUGCCCAUUUUUUAUGAAAUAGCCAUUUUAGGUACAGCACAUUUUAGUUUCCUUUCAUUCAUUUGGACAUGUAUCAAAUGGUAACAGUGUUAUUGCAACUAUUGCAGGCACCAAACAAAAUGCUUUACAUUUUUUUUUUUUUAGUUGUGCACAUUUUAUAUUAAUAACACUACCUUUUAAUACAGGGUGUCCCUCAAAAAAAAAAGGAAACCCCAGUUUACAGGUAAAUAACUUGAUAAUUUGAAUAAUUCCUUGGUUAAUUUAUAUAUGAUUGGGAAGCUCAAUUUCUGCUCUUGCUAACGACACCAAAGUCAUGGUCAAGAGGUCAAGCAUGGCUAAUUUCAGACAGCCCACAGUUGCAGUGUACGAAACCCACUUGCCCAAAAUAAGAGGAUGGCUGUUAAGUUUGGGCCUCUAUGGUUUUGAAAUGAUGAUAGUAAAUGAUCUGGAAUUCAUUGUUAAACAUACAUGUAAUUUAAAAGCUCAUAUUCUCUUCUUUCAUUUGAGACCAUGAUCAUAAUGGAAGGAUCAUGCAUGAGUGUGCAGGUAGCAGAGUUUGUGAAUGGUCAGGCACAUGGCAUUUUGUUUUAAAAAAUGAAAUGAGGCAGUUGGCCGUAAUUAUUGCAAUUGUGCCUGCUAAGCCCAAUCAUAAUUCUAUGUUUGAUUAUGGUGUCAUUUGAAGAUGAGAUUACAAGCUUUUGAAUGAUAUGUAUAUUCAAUAAUGAACAUUUCCAUAUCCUUUUCUUUCCAUAAAAAUAGCGUACGGUAAGUAAUCAAAGGAAGCAGCCAUUUGCUUAUUUUGGACAAUUCGGUCUUUGCGACACUUCUAAUACAGAUGGUGUGAAAUUGGUCAGGAGUGAAAUCUUGAUCAUGGUUUCGGUGUCAUAUAAAAUAAAAUAAUUUGCACUUUCCAACGAUAUAUAGAUAACUUGUUGACCAUAUAUUGCGAGACAAACAAAUGUCACUAGAGGUAUUAUUUUUGAUAUUAUAUCCGCAAUUAGUAAUAUAUUUAGCAUUAUUAAUAUACAAAUUAUUGAAAACAAAUUAUUUAGAAUUCUUGAGUAAUUUAACAACAAACAUGGGUGUCCUCCUUUUUUUUUGAGGAACAGGUCUGUAUAAUAACAGAUUAGGAGUGAUGUAAAUUAGAUUCCAAAUUUUGGCAAAGCAACUCAGUAUGAAAUAAGGUA